AUGGGAGGGGAAAACCUCACCCAAGUCUCAGAAUUCAUCCUUUUGGGACUCUCAGACAAUCCCAAGCAACAGCAGCUGCUCUUCAUACUCUUCCUGAGCAUGUACCUGGUCACAGGGCUGGGGAAUCUGCUCAUCAUCCUGGCCAUUGUCACUGACACCCGACUCCACACCCCCAUGUACUUCUUCCUGGCCAACCUGGCCUUCGUGGACAUUUGCUUCACCUCCACCACCAUCCCCAAGAUGCUGGCCAAUCACAUCUCAGGACACAAAGGGAUCCCUUAUGCUGGUUGUUUGACUCAGACAUUCUUCUUCAUUGUGUUUGCUGACAUCGACAGCUUACUGCUAGCUGCCAUGGCCUAUGACCGCUAUGCUGCCAUCUGUCAUCCUCUGCACUAUGGCACAUCUGUGACACCACAGUUGUGUAUCCUCUUGGUGGCAGCAUCCUGGACUGCAGCAGUCAUGAAUGCCUUGACCCACACUGUAUUACUGACCCGCCUCUCAUUCUGCACCCACAAUGAGGUCCCCCACUUUUUCUGUGAUCUCAGCCCUCUGCUGAAGCUGGCCUGCUCUGAUACCUUUCUCAACAAUGCAAUGGUAUAUAGUAUAGGUAGUUUAUUUGUUUUCACGCCCUUCAUGGGCAUCUUGAUCUCGUACACACGCAUAUUCUCUGCUGUGCUUAAGAUCCCAUCUGCGAAGGGAAAGCAGAAGGCAUUCUCCACCUGUGGCUCUCAUCUCUCUGUGGUGACCAUGUUCUAUGGAACACUCAUUGGGGUUUAUUUUAGCCCCACAUCCUCCCACACGGCUCAGAAAGACACAGUUGCUGCAGUAAUGUACACUGUGGUCACUCCCAUGAUGAACCCCUUCAUCUACAGUCUACGUAACAGUGACAUGAAGGGUGCCUUGGGGGCCCUCUUCAGUAGGAAGCCAGCUUUCACUCAGUGA